AUGCAGAAGCUGGCGCAGACAAACCUCCAUGCCAAGAAGGUUAAUGAGCUCAUGAACCAAGUUGUCCUUGUGACUAGUGAAGUUUUGAGAGAACAGCUGGAUCCUGGUCCGCCCAGAGCCCUCCAGUCACACGGGGAGAACGCUGGAUUAGAUUGCUCGGAUGUUAAAGAUACCAUUGGCUCCAUCACCAAAACACCAAGUGGCUUAUAUGUAAUCUACCCAGAAGGUUCUAGUUACCCAUUUGAGGCAUACUACUCAAAUAUUUUUGCCCGCGAGGCCUUCGGGGGCUUCCGGAAAGGAGAUAACCAGAACGCAGUGCUUAGCACCUCGGGUGUUGACAGUGACGGGCGGGGCCCGGCGUGCCUGCUCCAGGGUCGGUCCGUGAAGAGUUGGUGUCGUCUUAGUAACAACACUGGCUGGGGGUUCAACCAGGGUGGCGGUGCAGACCUGAACGGCGUCCAGGCCUCGCCCGGGAAAGCCACCCCAACUGGCAUCCGGUGGGCCACGCGGACCAGAGCCAACUCCACCAUCAAGAUGAAGUCUGUCUCCGUGAAGAUCAGAAGGACCUACAGUCCCUCUUUUCAGUAGCCUCAUCUUAGUGUCGUGCUGGUUCCAAAAUUGUUUUUGAUAAUAUAUUAAAGAUUUUACAUGGGUUCCCUUUUGUGAAUUUAGGGUUUUAUAGAUAUUAGCCAAGAAUGUGACUAUCAAUGAUAUUUUGGUAUUAUGAAUCUAGAGA